AUGUUGGAGUGGAUGCGUUCAGAAGUCCAGCGAGACAAGGGAAAGGUCUACCUGAAUGGUGAACUCACUGUCAGCGAUACACAACACAUCACCCACGCCCUCCAGGCCAUUGAGAUGAAGCACUCUUCAAGGGCUGAAGCCACUUUGAAUGUGGUAGAGUUGCAGAUAGAAAGCACUCACAUCCAACUUUCCCUUGCAACGUCUCGUGAUGUGUUACAGUCCAUCCGCAAUGAGCUAUUUAUGAUAAUCAAGACCCUCGCGAAAGUGAAGCACAAGGUCUCCUCCAUCGUCUCUCGCAGGACUCGGCUAGAGACAACCUGUAACGAAAUACAAACACUCCUUCUCAGUAAGGAAGAUGGGCUUCCUGUCUCGUCUGAGCCAGUCGAAUUUGACUCCUGCAAGCACAUCAUUACGAUCUGCCCAUUGACUACACCGACAAGCAAAUAG